AUACCUAGUAAAGCUAGGGCAGUAAUAACAUUUCACCGGAAAACAAAAAGAAUGAAUAUUAAGGCCAUGAGACUAAUUUUUCUCUCCCUUCUCCUACUUCUCAUUCCUCUGUUAGCUUCAUGCACUAAAGAGAAACAGGUGUAUAUUGUUUAUUUUGGAGAACAUAAAGGUGAUAAAGCAUUUGAUGAAAUUGAAGCUCAUCAUCACUCUUAUCUUCAAUCCGUUAAAGAAUCCGAAGAAGAUGCCAAAUCUUCGCUAUUGUAUAGCUACAAACAUAGCAUCAAUGGCUUCGCGGCUGAGCUAACAGCGGACCAAGCCUCUAGACUCAAAGGACUGAGAGGAGUUUUAUCGGUAUUCAAGAGCAAUCCAAGAAAGUAUAAGCUCCAUACGACAAGAUCAUGGGAAUUUGUAGGGUUAAAGGAGGAUGAAGGCGAAGAUUAUCGUGGUGAUGGUAAUGGUCGACGUCACAAAUAUGAUAUGAAUGACCGGUUUCGUGUUGGGAGAAAGUUUUUGAACAAGGCAAAACACGGCGAUGGGGUCAUAGUUGGUCUUAUCGAUAGUGGGGUGUGGCCAGAAUCAAGGAGUUUCGAUGACAAAGGAAUGGGACCAAUUCCAGAAUCUUGGAAUGGAAUCUGCCAAACCGGAGUUGCCUUCAAUUCUUCCCAUUGUAAUCGGAAAAUUAUCGGAGCAAGGUACUAUGCAAGAGGGUACGAGAGAUAUUACGGACCGUUCAAUGCCGAAGCUAACAACGACUUCUUGUCUCCACGCGACGCCGAUGGACAUGGUUCCCACACAGCUUCAACCGCUGUUGGUCGCCGAGUAAAGGGUGUUUCUGCCCUCGGCGGUAUCGCAAUGGGCACUGCUUCAGGCGGCGCUUCACUAGCUCGUCUCGCCGUUUACAAAGCUUGUUGGGCGAUUCCAAACGCUGAAAAAUACGUCACAAACACUUGUUUUGAUGAAGAUAUGUUGGCUGCGUUUGACGAUGCGAUUGCUGAUGGCGUCAAUGUUAUUAGUAUUUCGAUUGGAGCGGUUGAGCCGCAAACGUAUUUAGAGGAUGGAAUCGCGAUAGGAGCGUUACAUGCUGUUAAGAGAGAUAUUGUUGUUGCGGCAAGUGCAGGAAAUGAUGGACCCGCGGGGGAAACUCUGUCGAAUCCAGCUCCGUGGAUUAUUACCGUCGGAGCUAGUAGUCUUGAUCGGUUUUUUGUCGGUGGUCUUGAACUUGGUGAUGGCUAUAAAUUCGAGUCGGACUCAUUAACGACACUAAAGAUGGACAAUUUUGCUCCUCUAGUCUAUGCUCCUGACGUGGUUGUUCCCUGGGGUUCAAGGAACGAAGCAUCGCUAUGUUUACCCAAUUCACUUUCACCGGAUCUUGUAAAAGGUAAAGUGGUAUUAUGUUUGAGAGGUUUCGGUUCAGGUUCAACGAUUGGUAAAGGUCUUGAGGUAAAACGAGCCGGAGGAGUCGGUAUGAUAUUAGCAAAUUCUCGGGAUAACGAUGCGUUCGACGUUGUGUCUCAUUUCGUACCGACUGCUUUGGUUUUCUCAUCCACGGUCGAUAGGAUUCUCGAUUACAUCUACAAUGACUAUGAACCCGUGGCUUUCAUCAAACCAGCAGAAACAAUACUUUACCGUAACCAACCAAAAGAUUCGUUUUACCCAUACAAACCGGCUCCUUUUAUGACUAGUUUCUCUAGUAGAGGCCCAAAUUGGGUAGAUGCUAACAUUCUAAAGCCGGAUAUUAUCGCGCCAGGAUUGAAUAUAUUGGCCGCAUGGAGCGGGGCAGAUUCGGCGAGCAAAGAUUCGAUAGACCAACGUGUUUCAGAUUAUAGUCUUGACUCAGGAACUUCUAUGGCUUGUCCUCAUGUUGCUGGUGCAAUUGCCCUUCUCAAAAGCAUGCAUCCCACAUGGAGUAGUGCUGCUAUAAGAUCUGCCCUCAUGACCACUGCUUCGAUGACCAACCAGGACAACGAACCAAUCCAAGACUAUGACGGCUCUCCCGCGAACCCAUUUGCGCUUGGGUCAGGACAUUUUCGACCAACAAAAGCUGCGUCUCCCGGUUUAGUCUACGAUGCAUCAUACGGAUCUUACCUUCUCUAUUGCUGCUCGGUUGGUUUAACCAAUAUUGAUCCGACGUUCAAAUGUCCUAGUGAAAUCCCUCCCGGUUAUAACCUAAAUUACCCUUCAAUCUCAAUUCCAUACCUCAUUGGGACAGUGACCGUCACGAGGACGGUCACAUGUGUUGGACGAUCAGCUAAUUCAACAAGCGUAUAUGUCUUUAAAGCUCAACCACCGUUUGGUGUCAAUGUUAAGGCUGAACCGAAUGUUUUGGUUUUCGAUCGUAUUGGUCAGAAGAAGCAGUUUAACAUCAUUUUCACGACAAAUCCAUACGAGUUUACAGGUGAGGCUAGGAGGGAUCGAUAUCGGUUUGGAUGGUUUAGUUGGAGCGAUGGACAUCAUGUUGUGAGGAGUCCAAUUGCUGUUUCAUUAGUUUGAUUACUGCAUGCUUUGUUUGCUUGUUUAGGGUAUUUUAAUUAGUUGUUUAGACUCUUUUUUUGUGUGGCUUUAGUUGUUUCAAAAUUAUAUUAUGGUUGAUUUUAUUGGUUUUUAUUCAUUAUUGGGAUAAUUGAAAGAGAUAAAUUUUCUGAUAAUU